AUGGUCGCCGAGUCUUCUGGCCAGCUUGUUGGUAUCGGUCCGAAUGCAGACGCCAAUGCGCGCCGCCCUGGCUACCCUGCCUUUGCCUUCGUCAACAAGGAGUCCUUCCAUGCCUUUCUCCAGGCGUACAUUCGUAUCGACAAGCAUCCGAAUGAUCCAAUCGUCUACCACUCUGAUCUCAUUGACCCAGUCGAUAUGCAGGAUUAUGAGUUUGCCGAGGCGGCUUUCCUUCUGCCUGGCGUCGAUUGUGUUUACAUCAAUCCUCGUACCGACGAGGUUUCUCUUGGCUAUAAGACCGACAUUCCCGGCCCCGCCUUCUAUCCCGGCUUCAUCAAUCCCAACCUUGGAGACGAGAUCAACUCACAGCUCAAGAUGGUGCGCAUCGUCAUGGAAGACUUCUCCGCAUGGACUGAUGAGCACGAGUAUCCUCUGCUCUACCACAACUUCCUCAACAAGAAGCCCGUCGCCAGCAUCGACGUGAGCCAGCUGAAGUACCCCAACAUUGACCAGAUCACCGUGAUCUUUCGCGGCCUCGAGACUGAGUGGAAGGGCGACAGCAACCACUACGUCGUCAACUAUAACGUCGACACCAACCGCGUCUUUGUCGACUACGACCGUGAGAACGCCGAGGACAUGGUCGAGGAUACCUUCCGUCUCGAGGCGCACAAGGUGUACGAGACCAAGCCGGAUGAGAUGCUCGUUGCCCAGGAGCCGGAUGGAACCAACGAUGAGGAUGAUAAGGCGAUUCUCUCGGUUCGGAUCAUCUUUCAUCGCGACUCGGACAAGGACUACGGUCCCUACCUUCUCGAGCCCUUCGAUCUCGAGGAGAUCCUCGAUCCGGAGGACUUGACCGAGGGCGGUCAGAUGGAGAGAAUCUUCUGGGAGAUUGCCGCCACCGCCGUCAAGGAGCGCCUUUAA